AUGAAGAUCACUGCUGCUGCCGCUACCGUGGGUCUGGCCGCCCUCGUCGGUGCCGUCAACACCGACCGCCACCAGGCCCGGGACCUGGACACGACGCUGCGCGUCAUGAACAACGUCCUCGACCAGAUGGUCAUUGUCGACAACACCAUCUCGGCCUUCAAGGACACCACUGACCUGCCCGCCGUCAUGGAGGUCGGCACCAAGAUGAUCGCCAUCAUCAGGGCCUCGGACGACGAGAUCCUCACCAUGACCUCGGUCCCGCUCCAGGACGCCAUCUCCUUCCAGCCCCUGAGCGACAAGCUCAACGCCCAGGGCGACAAGCUGCUCGCUAGUGUCGAGGCCAAGGUGCCGCUGUUCGGCAGGGCCAACGUCUGCCCGACCCUGCACACUGCCGUGUCCACCAUUGGCGCCGGCGUGGUGAAGCUCAUGAACGACGUCUCGGACAAGUUCCCGCAGGAGGGCCGCCAGAACAACGCCAACACCAUCCAGCACUUCACCGACUCUUUCGCCUCGGCCAUUGCCAAGCUCAAGGCCUGCGCCGACGUCAACAACGCCGGCGCCGGCAAGUACGGCGGGGACUAUGAUGCCGCCCCGGCCCCGUCCGCCACCUACCAGGCUCCGGCCACCGCCACCGGCGUCGUCCCGCCCCCGCGCGUCUCGGGCGGUGCCCGCAACGGCACCGAGGGCGCCGCCAAGGCCCCCAUCGUCACCGCCGGUGCCUCGUCCGUCGUCGCCAAGGGUGUCGUCGCUGCCCUGGUGGCUGCCUUGUUCUUGUAA